AUGUCGUCCGCCACUGCUGCUGCCAAGAUGACGUACCGAUUCCUGGGCGACUCGGGUCUCCUCGUGUCCAAGUUUGCUCUGGGAUCGUGGAUGUUCAAGGACGAGAAGAACACGGUGGAUGCAUGGUACGAGAUGAUGCAGGCGGCCUUCAAGAACGGCGUCAACUUCUUCGACUCGGCCGAGAAUUAUGCUAUGGGAAGAGCUGACGAGCUGAUGGGUGGGGCCAUUAAAAAGGGCAUUGAUGAAGGCGUUUGGAGCCGAGAGGACCUCGUGGUCACGGCCAAGAUCUUCAGUGGAACCAAAGGUUUCAACAAUGGUACCCCCAAUAGUCAGGGACUCAAUCGAAAGCACCUGAUCGAGGGAACGAAGGCGUCGCUGGGCAAAAUGGGGCUAGACUACGUCGACGUGAUCUUCUGUCACCACCCGGACGCCUUCACUCCCAUUGAGGAGACUGUGCGUGCCAUGAACUACAUCAUUGAAAAGGGAUGGGCGUUCUAUUGGGGGACAAGCAACUGGUCUGUCGGUGAGAUUACCGAGGCGUGUGAGAUCGCGGAUCGCUUGGACUUAAUCCGCCCCAUUGUGGAGCAGUCUCAGUACAGUAUCUUCGAGCGAAACCGCAUUGAGUUCGAGCUCCUGGACCUGUUCAAAAAGUACAAAUACGGGAUCACUGCCUGGUCUCCACUUGCAUUCGGCACCUUAACUGGCAAAUACGGUUCUGGGUGUCCUGAGGGAACGCGCAUGUACACGGAAGAGAUGCGCAAUGCGAUAUGGGGAACGGACUUUGAGGAGAGAGUCAAGAAGGCAGAUAAGCUGAAGCCUAUUGCAGCAGAAUUGGGCUGCUCGCUGGCUCAGCUGGCUCUCGCGUGGUGUGUUGUCAAUGAAAAUGUGUCGACUGUAAUUGUCGGGGCAAGUCGCCAGUCGCAGCUGGAGGAAAACCUCAAAGCGCUCGACUACGUGGACAAGAUCACGCCUGACGUGAAGGCCAGGAUCGAUGCUGUCGUCCACUUUGUGCCUGGACACCCUGUGCCCGAUCGUCUGCGUGAAAUCCGCAAGCGUCACUUGUAA